AUGCUGCAGCAUCUGAGGCGUCUGUCAGAAGCCUUGUUGAAGGGACAGGCCGCAGCAGCAAUGCCCCUCAUUCCCUUGGAGCAGCACCUGCACCUCUUGAAGGCUCUCGGCACCUACCUGCUGCAGGGCAGGGACAAGGUGGUGUAUCCAGAUGAGGAGGAUUCCUCGGAGGAUUCCAUGGCCAUCUUGGUGGCGACUGAAGCCAGCGUAGCCUGCCUCUACAUGCUCACUUCCCCAGACAUGCCGAAGCAGGUCUACCAGGAAGACAUCAUCGAGGCCAUCAUGGACAGCGCCAAGUUCAAUCUCCUUUCAAAUGUGCUGUCAUUCCACGAUGCACGCAUCUGUGCUGCACACCGGCCCCAGAUGGCUUCCGGGGCAGAUGAAGAUGCUGAUGUGGGGCGCACCUCGGCCAAAAAGCCCAAGAGCGCCGCCAAGUCUGCUACCAAAGCAGCCAGGAGGAAAGCUGCAAGGAUCCCGGAGGCUGUGGGCGUGUUGGCAGGCCGGCUGGAGUCAGUGGUGGAGCUGCUGGGGAAGCUGCUGGGAGUGGUGCAGCUGCAGCCCAACAUGGUGCUGCCGCUGCUGCGCACUGCAUGCCAGGUCCUCACCGUGGAGGACCUGCAUGUUCUGCAGAUCAAGUCUGUAGGGCUGCUGGUGGCUGGGUUCAAGCGCUUCAAGGAGCAGCGGCAGGCGCUGCUGGAUGAGGUCAUGACCGGCGUCCUGCCAAACCUUCCCACGGGCCGCUCAUCCAGGACAUUUGUCAUUGGGGACCACAGCGAUGCAGCCAUCCUUACGGUCUCUGUUGAGCUGCCAUCUCUGGAGGUGGAGGCCGGGGCCCUGCGCAACUGCUACGCUCCAGUCAUGCACUGGGCAGACGUCUUCUGGACGACCUGCCUCAGCAGGCUGGGCGGCGUGCGCGCGCACAAGGCUGAUGGGGAUGCGGACAUCAAGUACAUAGUGGAGCAGAUUGCGACCGAUGUCUUCCUGGUGCACUGCACGCCGGAGUGGCCGGCCGCUCUGCCGAUGCUGCUGCGGCUGAUCACCGCGCUGCACAGCAAGGCCGGCAUGCACUGCGCGGACAACGCUGUCCGCCAGAUCGCUGUUGACCUGCUGGGCUUCAUUGCCUCGCAGCUGUGCUAUGAGGCCAGGCGCGCCGACCUUGACAUGCCCGCCGUCGAGGAGAUCCUGCAAGAGGCCGGCCCUUCAAGCACCGGCGCUGAUCCGGCAAAGCAGCUGCUGCUGGGCUACCUUGCGGACCGGAGGCGGGGUGAUGCAGAGCUGUGCGCGAGCGCGCGAGAAUUCAUGCUGUGCCAGGCCUUUGCUGAUGAAGUCACAGACCUGCAGAAGGCUGACGCGUCCGACGAGGACCUGAUCUUUGCGCUUGUCAAGAGCCGUGAGACUUGCGACGUCCUAAAGCGGGGCUCAUCCAAUGACCUGUCAGCUGAGGAUGCAUGCAUGCUGGUGCGCUGGGUGGUCCAGUCAGGCCCUCUGGGCAAGGGGCGCGUGCCGCUGCUGAAGAGACUGGCGGACGCUGUGGAUCCCACCAAGCAGACUGCUGCCAUCCGGGCCAAAGCUAUCAAGGCCAUCACGGCCGCGGUGAAAAUGGACACCAGCGUCCUGGGCCUCUCAGAGAUUGAGCAAUGCGUCAACAGAGCCCUGAAGGAUGAUGCACCCUCAGUGCGGCAGGCUGCUGUGGAUCUCUUGGGCGGCCACAUCGGGAAUGACGUGAAAUUGGCAUCUGCUUACUUCGACACCCUUGUCACUGUCUCUCGAGACACCUCCACCUCGGUGCGGAAGGCGGCUGUGAAGAUACUGUGGGAGUCAUGCAUCAGUGUGCCAGACUUCCCUCGCGCCUCAGAAGCCUGUGUGGCUGUGCUGCACCGAGUGGCAGACAAUGAGGAGUCCAUCCUCGAGCUCGUGGCCAAGAUCUUCCAUGGCCUCUGGUUUGCAGGCUCGCAGAAUGCAUCAGCGCCAACGCCUGCAGCCAGAGCGCAGCAGCUGGCGGAUGUGUCGCUGUUUGUGUAUGAGGCCGGCGGGUCCACCAUCCAUCUGCCACUUGAACCAAGCCACGCACUGGUGGCCGUCCUCAAGAAGGCGCUGGAACGCGAGGCCAAGGAGCGGCCUGGCAAGGAGUGGCUGGCUGGAAGAGAGCUGGCGAGCGCCCUUCUGGAGGGGCUGCUCAAGGUGGGCGAGGGUGCUGAGGAUGCGGCUGAGCAGAAGACAUUCCCCUUCCUCGUGGGGCUGCAUGCGCUGUGCCUCACGGAUGUGUCCCUGUGCACGCCGGCAGACGAUGCAUCCAAGUACAUCCGCUGCCUGGCGCCCUACCUCAAAGUGGGGCCCUCUAGCAAGAAUGCUCAGUGCCCCAAGAAGCAGGCAGCAGAGCGGCGGGAGGCCGAGUGCCUCCUCUGCAUACUGGCUGUGGUGGACAGCAUCUUGGGAGAGAUAAUGAGCGUCAACAAAGCGCUGGUCACAGAACUGCAGAAUGAUCUCUUUGUGCUCAUCAGCAAGCACCCCUUCAUCCAGUUGCUGAGGUAUGGCACUGAUGCAAUCGAGGCGACCCACUUGCCAAAUGGGAAACCCGUCACCGUGUCAGACUGCCAGACCACUUGCCUCUCCUUCUUCAACUCCUCAGUCGGGGAUCUGAAGGUGCGCGAGUCUGCGCUGCAAGCGCUGGGCUGCCUGGGGAUAGCGCGGCCGUCCACGCUGCUGGCACCCCAGGCGCAGGCCAUCAUGAAGGCCGCUCUGCAGCCCUCAGCGCCCACCAUCAUCAAGACCCGCGCCCUCAACAACCUCACCGAGCUGCUCAAGGCGGAGGAGGAGAGGCUAGAGAGCGCGCAGCUGGCGUCCGAUGAGAAGCAACGGCUGGGGCGGCUGGGGGUGGCAGAACCUGCGCAGCCGCUGCCCACCCAGAACGGCGAAUCAGACAGCCUCUCCAUCAACAACAGCAUUCUGCAGACGCACUGGGAUCUGGUGCUGGGCCUGGCGACGGACGCAACGCCUCCGCAGACGCGCGCGGGCGCCAGCGCGGAUCCGGGGGACGCGCUGAACGCGAGUGUGCGGCGUCACGCGGUGGCCGUCAUGGACGCCGUAGACCGCAACGGCCUCGUCGCCCCCUGGACCGCCCUACCCCACCUCUUCGCCCUCACCACCGACCCCAACACCGAGGUGUCGGCGCGGGCGCUGCGCAUAAUGCGGCGCGUGGCGGAGAAGCAGCCGGAGAUGUUCCAGACCUGCCUGGCCAGCGGCCUCAAGGUCACCGCCGACUUCCACGAACGCAUCCGCUCCAACUACCGCGCCUCCACCUCACACUCCGCCGGUGUGUCGGAGGAGGCAGUGCGUGGCUUGGGUGCGCUUUACAUGGAGCUGGUGCAGCCCAGCCGCCCCCACCGCACCACCUUCCUCGCCAAUCUCCUCAAGCCCUUCGACGCAGCCGCCACGCUCCACUUCCCGUCCUCCGCCUCCUCCGACCUCAGGCUGCUGGCGCUGUGCGCGCAUGUGGCGGCGACGCUGCCGUACAAGCGCGCGGAUGAGCCGCUGGUGGUCGUCUACCACGUCAACCUGGUGGUCUCCCGCAGGGGCGAGGACGUCCUCUCCGCCCUCAAAACCUCCCUCGCCAACGGCGGCGCAGCCGCUGCACAGGAGGGGGAUGUUGAGAGGGAGUGCAGAGCUUCGCUGGCGCUCUCCAUGCUGCUGCUGCUCAAGCACCACCUCAAAAGCACCUAUGGCCUCACAACCGACCGCAUCGCUAACUUCAACCCAGGCACAGCAGACACCAGGAAGCAUGAAGAGACGAGGAGCCUGGGCCAGAUACCAAUAAAGCCACUGGACCUCGAUCGGCUGAACCUGGAUGCUGCCUCUGAAUCUGCGCUCCUGCAGGAGCAAUACGUCGUGUUCAAAGCGUUGAUGAAGGCCGACUCGAGCGACUACGGCGACGGUGUCCAACUUCUGGGCCGCAGGAAGUCGUCCAAGGCGGUUGCUGCACCUGCGGAAGAUAAUGCAGACGAGGAUGCAGGGGAAGCGGGGGGUGCCACUCCUGCACUUGCAAAUGGGAACGGCCGGAUGGACCACAUGCACGGCUCUGCCGGGCCCUCCACUGCAGGCAAGCCCGCCUGCAUGGAGGGCAAGCGCAGCGGCAGGACAGCGAAAGGCCGAGGUGGACGCAGCGCGAGCCGGCUGGGCACGGAUGCGCGGUGCACGGUCACCAAGCGCCGUGGCGGCAGCACGGGCGGCAAGAGUGGCCGCAGAAAGGCGGGGCGCGUGCAGAUAUCCGACAGUGAAGAUAAUGACGGUGGCGGCUCGGACGACGGCGAAGAGCAGUACUUGGCUGCAAGGAAGGGAGCCGCUCGCAGGCGGCUGGAGCCCAUGCUUGUGGACUGA